UUUUUGUUAUAAGUGUCAGUGUUAAAAGGUUUAAGUGAGAAACACAAGACUGGAUGUAAAAUAAAAAUCCAAAAUCUGAAUAGUUUUGUAAAGAAAUCUUAAAUAGUGUCCACUUAAUUGGAUUAUCUGAAAAGUUUCUCAUUCAUUUUCAAUCGGCAAUCUAUUAAUUGACAAAUUAUUUCUGUUCAAUUAACAAACGUUACCUUUUAAUUCAUUGUCACACUUCUGACAAUGCUUUGCAUUGUUGUUUUUUAGCAGCUGUUCACACAAAUAAAAGCAGAAAAUAUUGCCACAGUAUAAAUUAAUAUAUUAUAGAAACCCAAGACAAAUAUUGGAUCAUAGAGAAAAUCGGUGAAGCUUUUAAAAUUGACAACAUUGUUUAUUCGUGUUGUCAUGAAUUACAGACAUACUGAUUGAGUAACUUCACCCAAGCAGUCUGACCGCCCUCAGCCACUUCCUUUGUCUUAUUUCACUAAUUAUUUAAACUCAUCAGUUUGCCCUGACAAUAAUGUUUAUAUUUCAGUCAUAAGGAAUAAUAACGAGGGAAUGUUCAUGUUAAAGAUAAAGCGAAUGAGAUGUUUUCUAUUCCUACAUUGAAUAUGAAAAACUCACUUCCUUCCUGUCAUGAUUCAUCCCUUCAGGCGACAUGUUGAUUUCCACCAAUCAGCGUCUUCUUUGAUCCAAGCUCAGCCAAUGGGAGGCGACGAAUUUAUGGCGUGCCAGUGGGUGUGAUCCCGCAGGAGGAAGCGUCAAGCCACCGAACAAUAUACAAAAGUUGUAAGAAGAUGGCAGACAGGACAGUGGACCGUGGACCGUGGACCGGAUGUGCCGUCAUGUUCCUGCAGUCGCUCUACCCCGGUGUGAACCUGCUCUCUCUCUUCAAAGACAGAGAACAGGGAAAGUUCAUCAUUUUCAAAGUCAUCAAGCUGACUCUUAUCGAUUCUGCAGGAGGUCUGAGUGGUUAUGAGAUACUUAAGGUCCAUGACGCCGACCCCUUUCUGGGGGUGGAGGUGAAGUUUGAGGAUGUGUCGGCGUGUCAGCGGUUCCUGGAGAGCUACAGCUCUGGAUUGGUGCGCCAGUCCCUCUCGCAACACGCCUGUCGGCUUCUUACUCUCCCCCAAGAGUUCACAGUGGAAACUCAGCUCAAGGCCAGCGAACACAUCCUGGAUCUGUGUCUGGACAAGCUGGAGCUCUGCCUACAGCACAUCCACCUGUCACAGCCGGAGCGCCUGCGCGAUGAGGAGAUUGAUUACCUGGAGGAGCAGCUGCAGAUUCAGGCCCGUGGCCCCGCCCCUCAGCCGACCCCCAUCAUACAGGAAGAGUGUCCCGUCCCCGGCAACUGCUUCAAGUUUCAGAAUAAAGUGUUUGAGGACCGAAUGCUGACCGCGGGAGAUGUCCAGAGCUUUUCUAACGGAGUGGGCCGUCAGUGGAAGCAUGUCGGGAGGGCCCUGGGGAAGAGCUGCCGGGCUCUGAAGAGUCUGGACAUAGACAACCUGGCCUACGAGUAUGAGAGGGAAGGGCUGUAUGAGCAAGCCUAUCAGAUGCUCAGUCGCUUCAUCCAGGCAGAGGGCCGAGCAGCCAAGCUGAGCCGGCUGGUCAAAGCACUGGAGGACUGCAAACUCACCAACCUGGCGGAAAAUAUUCUGGAGCCACGAGAAUAACUCUGUGUGCUUUUGUUCUGCGUGUACGAGUUUUAAAAACUGAGGGGUGACGGAUGCUCUCUGCAUGAGGGGUGGUUGACUGUGUGUGUGUGUGUGUGUGUACUUGUGUGUGUGCCUGCGUGCAUGUUUCAGACAGGUUGUGUUAACACAUCUGCGAAAAUUGAUAUUCAUAUCAUGAUCUGCUUUUCAAUUAUUAGCGGUAUUGUCUCAUUUAGAGGAAAUUAUCUGUCAUCACUGUUUAAAGGACAUGCUGUCUCGAGUUUAAUGCACUGUUUGAACCUUUUAUUUGUGCUUGAUGUCAUUUUACAGAUGAAACCUUCAACAACUGAAGGUUAUUGAUUUUUUUUUCUCUACAAAAUGGUUGCAUACAAAUUAAAUGGUUGUAUAAAUUUUUUUUGUGUUUAAUGCAUUAGUGUAAUUAAAUCUGUUAUUUUCUGAAAAUUCCCUCAGGUAUAAUUUAGUGUUAAUCCUCCCUCCCUAACACACACGUGCACAUGCUCAUAUGAUUAAACUGGGCUGCUUAUGUGUGGAUGGACCUGCAUGUGUCACGUUGUGGGGGCUUCAGGGCAGAGAGGUGGAGGGGGUAGCUGAGGUGUGUGGUUUUCAGAGGUUUUUUCUCCGCUUGGCUGAUGGACACAGUCUCCUCAGGUUGAGCUCCUCUGCUGGUUUCCAUUCAGGGUCCAGUGUAAAGCCCCCCCUCCCCCCCUCUUUUUUUACUCUACUUGACCAUCCAUCCAUGUGAUGUGUGGAUUAGAAGCUUUUAUCAUACACACAAACAUUUAUUAUUGCUAUAUGGUACAUCCACAACCCCCAACAUAGACAUACACAUUUUAAGGCAUGAUUAAUAAUCGCAUCUCUUUUUACUUCUGCUGUAACCGGGAAACUGAAGUUAUGCCUGAAGUAAAAUUUCUCGGGAUUUUGUGGGUUUGUGAAAUGAGUUGAUGUUCUACCUGGACCAAAACAUUACAGAUGUUGGUGUUUCAAAGCCAAUUUAUUGUAUUAUGAUCAACAGAAGUGGAGAGUGAAUAUGUACAUUUAGACACAAUUUGAUUUUUUCUAUUUUCUUCAUGGAUGUUUAGACAUUGGGACUAAUAAAGGACUUGAGGAGCCUAUAACUUCCUUUUCCUUCUGACUACUUCCCUACAUUCAUAAAAAAAAAAAAAUCUGUAUUUGGACCUAUAUGGUGUUUUACAAAUCAAGUUAUUAUAAAAUGUCUUUGAUAAUCUUCUGAAAUAUAAUAUACCAUUUUGAAUGCA